GAAUCCUUCCGCUAUAGAUUCCACUGGGACUGCGUUCUUAAUACCGACUGUUAAACAAAUCAGUGACACUCUGUGGGAAUACCACAACACGGGCACUGACUUACCCAACAUGGAAAAAAGCUUCACGUACCCAUUGCUCGCGUCCCCGGGUGAUCAAUUUGAAAUGCAGCUAAACCAGCAGCUCCGCUCCCUCAUCCCCAACAACGACGUGAGAAGGCUCAUUUCUCACGUUAUCCGGACUUUGAAAAUGGACUGCUCUGAGACCCAUGUGCAACUGGCCUGUGCCAAGCUCAUCUCUAGAACAGGUCUCCUGAUGAAGCUUCUCAGUGAGCAGCAAGAAGUAAAAGUCUGCAAGGCAGAAUGGGAUACGGAUCAGUGGAAGACUGAGAACUACAUCAACGAGAGCACAGAAGCCCAGGCUGAGCAGAAAGAGCAGGAGUCAAGUGAGCUCACUAAAGGAGUUCCAGGAUAUGGCUAUAGCAACAAACUCAUCUUGGCGAUAUCUGUGACUGUAAUAGUGAUGAUUUUGAUUAUAAUUUUCUGUCUUAUUGAGAUUUAUUCUCAUAGACGAGCAGCAAGGACAGAUGUAGAAUCAGGCACAACCCCAAGGAGGGGCUUUUUUGACUUUCUGCAUAGGAGAUGCUCAUCACAGAGUGAAAGCCAGGAGGGCUUUUUCUGGUUAAGGCGUCCACUUUGGCUGAGGGAUAUAUACAGACCUCUCAAUGCCACACGCAAGAAAAACAUGGCCCAGAAGCUUCACGACAAGGAGUCUUCUGAUGAGGAAGAGAUUUACAAGAAGGAUGCAGGGGAGCCCAUAUCAACAGCAACACCUGUGGAUUCGGCUGCUGAAGGUGGUGAGGAAAGUGAGACGGUGCCAGAGGGGGAGGACGAAGAGUGAUCCAGCCUGCCUAAGGCCCCCUGCAAACUGUAUUUUCUAAUGUUGGCAUCUCAGCAUUGCUUGUAAGAUACUUAUUUUUCACACACAAAAAAUGUAUACAAUCUAUUGUCAAUUCCAGCCAGCUGGUAAGAAACUUAAACCG